UGGGGAAGUCUCGCUGAGCGGAAAACCGGAGGAAUAUAUCUGCAAUCGAUCGGCUGAGCUGAUCCACAGAAGCUCGCUCCCACUUAAUCCGUGAUUACCAUUCUAGUUGCGUCUAGAGCUACAUCUUGCCGAUCAUAGUAUUUCAGUGGAAUUGUGAUAAAGCUUGGAGUUGAUAUUAAUUUGGUGACAUGUACUGGUAUUACCACGUUCCCGUUGUAUUGCUUUUGUUUAUAAGUUUUGGUGACGGAAAUGAAAAGUGUUCAUCCUACGACCGAAUAAUUGAAUGCCGAAAUAUAGAUACUAUUAAAGAGUUGUCUUCGGAAACAGAGGCAGUAACUUGGGGGCAUGUUAAAGUUGUAAAUGAGGUCGGCGCUGUGUUUACCAUUACAGAGCAACACAACAAUCAACUCCGAUCUGUCGAAUACUUGGAUCUAUCCAAAUCAGGGCGCCUAAUUUUGUCUGAUCAUGGCUUCAAAGAUUUUGAAUUCUUACGAGCGCUCAACAUAUCUAGUACUCGUUUGGAUGCUAUUAAAGUUAGCUGGUUUGACCGAUACAAUGUACUGGAAAACCUGGACCUAAGUCAUAACUCAAUCGAAUUCCUGACCCCGGUGGAACUGCGGAAUCUACCCAAACUGAAGAUACUCAACGUCUCACACAACUACAUCAAAUCGAUUGAACCGAAAACUUUUGCUCAUAUGACCCUAUUGGAGACGUUGGAUCUGAGUUUUAACUUGCUGCAAUCAAUUGCCUUUGGUGAGGUGCCCAAAUUGAAAGCGCUGGACCUGCAAUCAAAUCUCUUGGAAGUGAUUCCUGCAGCCAAUUCCGUGUCUGUAUUCGAAGGAAUGCCACUGCUAGAAACAUUGAACCUAAGACUGAAUAAUAUUAAUGAAAUUGCAAGUGGAGCUUUCUCUGGCAUGAAUCGCCUCAAAAGCUUGAAUUUAUAUGGCAACCAAUUAAAAUCAAUAAAGCAGGGCAUAUUCACGGGAAUGUCAAGAUCCCGACUGGAAAUUUUAGACCUCAGCGAGAAUGAUUUACAGGACAUUGCAGACGAAAGUUUUAAGGAACUUGUCCGACUCCAGACUCUCAACUUAUCAGCGAAUUCAUUAAUACAACUUUCAGGCAAAACCUUUAUAGGUCUGCAGUUGGUGAGACGCCUUUAUUUGUGCGAGAACGAUAUUUACCGACUGACUGAGAAGACUUUCGAACCAUUGAAUUCUUUGGAACUGCUAGAUUUGGUUGGAAACAAUCUGCAGACCCUGUCGAGUCAAGUUUUUGGCGGAUCUGGGAGCAGAUUGAAGAAACUAUUCCUCAGCAGGAACAGUAUCGCCAGCCUUCCGGGUGAUUUAUUUCAACUAACACCUAACAUUGACUACCUCAGUAUAGCUUUCAAUGAGCUCACCACACUAGACCCGAAUUUGUUCAGUCCGCUGGUCAACCUCAAGAAAUUGCAUUUAGGCCACAACUUGCUGGAGCAAAUUCCCCCUAAGGCUUUUGAUGAUAUCAACUUUGUUACCGAGUUGCUUAUUGACCAUAACAAGUUAACAUUUUUACCUGAAAGCAGUCAUAAGGACACCCUCCCUAAACUUGUGAAGGCGUCAAUUGAAGGAAACCCGUGGCAAUGCCCAUGCCUGGAUCUGAUUUUGGGAUUUUUGUCUGUGAGAAAUAUUGACUACCGACGUGAUCAGUAUUUCGAUGGGCAGAAACCCGUUUGUGUUGUUACCAGAGUUGACUUCUGCGUAAGAAAUUUGACACUUGUUAAGCGGGAAGGGAUUGUCGAUUUGUUUACUGGCAGAUAGUUUCCGUAGAAAUGCCAUUAACAAAAAAUAAAGACAAAGCGUUUGAUAAAUGCAAAUAUUUUUACAUGGAAUGAAAUAGAAAAAAAGAAAAUUAACAAAAGUGUGAAAUGUGUCAUAGUUAAUAUCAUCGAAUUAACUGAAAAUCUGUCAUAGUUAAUGUUAUCGUCAUCAUAUCCAUUAUAUUCACAAUAGAAAAGUUAAAUGAAUUUUAGUUCAUAAGAAAAGAAGUAAUAAAAAUCUUUGAUGAUUGACCAUCU